AUGAAGAUUUGGCUAGUAGUUAUUGGUUCUGUGGUGUCUGGAGGUAGUGUAGAUGCUCAAUUGAAAUCUUGGAUUACGAAUUCAUCGAACGGUGGCGUGGCCGUUGGCGGCGCCAUAACUGAUCGCGCGAACUUGGUUGCAGGAGUAACUAAAGGAGGUCCGGAGCGCCAAUACCCAGAUACCGUUUCCCCUACGAUUGCUUGUCCGGACGGCUUUGAGCAGCAAGGGCGAGCUUGCGUUUCCGUGGAAUAUUUGGAGAUGUUCGCUACCUGCCCGGAGCAGUUUUCUUUGGACCCGACGAAUAAUGAAUGCAUAGCGAAGAAGCGGAAGCCGGCAAGAUUCAACUGUCCGGAGGGUUCCAACCUCAAGAAUGGCAAGUGCGAGACUGCAGAAGUGGUAGCCGCGCUCAAUGUCUGUGAUGCUGGCUGGGAAUUGGACGGCAGUAACUGCAUUCGACAGGGCGCUAUUUCAGCCAAGUCGGCUUGCCCCGAGGGGUACAAACUGGCCAAGAAUGGAUGCAUUUCGGUCACGAAGCUUACGGCAGAAUUUAAGUGCCCUCACAACUUUGAACUCAACGGCAAGAAAUGCGAGUCGUAUGUUUACGAAGCUCCGGUGAAGGAGUGUCCGAGUGGUUUUACGCUAUUGGAGGACCAAUGCGUCCGGCAACACCGUCAGCAGCCGCGGUUCGAGUGCGCUCGGGGCGUCAAGUCUCCGCACUCGGACGAGACUUGCUAUAUCGAGACGGUUCUGAAACCGGUGUACCGCUGCGGGGAAGGUGGAGGCGGUUCUGAUGUGAGUGCCGCCGGAUCGAAAUCGGCUAAGGUUGAAGCGAAGGGCAAGAUUUGUGAGUUCGUUCUACGACAGGAACCCAAUUAUGGCUGUCCCACCGGCUUUGAGCGGCAAGCGGACAAGUGUGUGCGAAUUGAGGAGCAGAACUUGCAGCCUUUUUGUGAUGCCGGUUUUAAGCUCGAAGCGGACGGACACUGCGUUCGAUCAUACACGCAGAAGGCGGAUGUGGCCUGUCCCGAGGGAACGCUGACCAAGAACGGCGUGUGCAUUGUGGCCACCACCUCGCCAGCUGAAGCGGCCUGUCCUCGCGGUUACAAACUCGAGGACGGGCUCUGCCAACAGGUCCUGUCCAAGCCCCCUCUGGAGCGCUGCCCGCGUGGGUACAAGCCUACUUACCGAGAUGAGUGCGAGAUGGUUGUGUCCAUCGUGCCGGAGGUUAUCUGUCCGACCGGGUAUGUGGCCCGUGCAGGUGUGUGUGAGGCGACAGAGGUGACGCCUUCUAUCGCCGUCUGCGACAACGGCACUGAACCCACUCCCGAUGGCCGCUGCCGCAAGCAAGAAACGAAGAUGUCCAAGGUGGAAUGCCCUGCUGGUUACCACCUGAGUAAGGCGCAAGAGUGUCUCCGCGUUGGUAGCGUGACGGGUGUGUACAGCUGCGAUAACCCCGAGGACCAAGUCGUCAGUGAUGAGUGCGAACAGAUACAGAGACUCCCCGCUCUGGCCGAGUGUCCCAAAGGUUACAUUGGGGUUGCGGGGCAGUGCCAGAAGACGGAAAUCCUGGAGGCGAAGCUCGAGUGUCCAAGAAAAUACAAACUCAAAAACGGUCUUUGCUACAAACUAGCCCACGAGACGCACCUCUCUGCCCACUAG